AUGUGUGGAAUUUUCGCUUAUCUCAAUCACUUAACACCGAAAUCCAGGGAAGAGAUUAUAACCCUUCUAGUAAAUGGUCUAAAGCGAUUAGAAUAUAGAGGUUAUGAUUCAGCUGGUAUUGCGUUCGAUGGUCCUGACGGUAAAGAUAUAACUAUUGUGAAGAAAGAGGGGAAAGUAGUUGCUCUUGAAGAUGAAUUACUUUCUUUAAAAGAUCAGCUUGAUUUUGAAGAAAUUCAAAAUAGUCACGUUGGUAUAGCACAUACACGUUGGGCUACCCAUGGUGUUCCCAGUUGUGUAAAUUCACAUCCGCAACGUUCAGAUAAAGAUCAAAUAUUUUGUGUUGUGCAUAAUGGUAUAGUUACAAACUAUAAAGAAGUUAAAGCAUUUUUGGAACGCAAGGGAUAUUUGUUUGAAUCUGAGACCGAUACUGAAGCAAUUGUGAAGCUAGUGCAUCAUAUUUACACACAACAUCCAAAUUUAUUAUUCAGAGAACUUGUUGAACAAGCUGUACAACAAUUAGAAGGCGCCUUUGCUUUGUGUUUCAAAAGCAAAUUGUUUCCCGAUGAAUGCGUAUCAACUCGAAGGGGAAGUCCACUUCUUGUCGGGAUUAAGUCGGACACAAGGCUAGCCACCGAUCACAUUCCAAUUCUUUACAGCAAAGAUUCGAUGAUAGACGGAGAGUCUCUUUCAUUAACAGAGCACCGUUAUAUUCGUGGUGACAAAAUGACCAUUCCCAUACCAUUGCCUCGCCAAGAAAGUACGUCCGAAUUCCAUGCAUUAGGUGAGAAAGAAGAAGUCGAGUACUUUUUUGCAUCGGAUGCUAGUGCUAUAAUUGAGCAUACAAAUCAAGUUAUAUAUUUGGAGGACGAUGACGUUGCUGCAGUAAGAGAGGGACGGUUGACCAUUCACAGGAUGCGCAUGUCUACGGCUGAUCCGCACGCUAGAGAAAUCACUACACUCAAGAUGGAAAUCCAGCAGAUAAUGAAGGGAAAUUUUAGUUCGUUCAUGCAGAAAGAAAUAUUUGAACAGCCGGAAUCCGUGGUAACAACGAUGAGAGGCAGAGUAAAUUUUGAAAAUCAGACAGUCAUUCUCGGUGGCAUUAAAGAUUACAUUCCAGAAAUAAAACGAUGCCGUAGAUUAAUGAUGAUAGGCUGUGGUACAAGUUUUCACAGUGCUUUGGCGACACGUCAGCUCAUGGAAGAGCUCACCGAAUUACCAGUUAUGGUCGAAUUAGCUUCAGACUUUUUGGACCGAAAUACUCCAGUGUUUAGAGAUGACGUCUGUUUUUUUUUGUCACAAUCUGGGGAGACUGCCGACUCUCUUUUGGCUUUGAGAUAUUGUAAACAGCGAGGAGCUUUAAUUGUCGGUGUCACAAACACUGUGGGUAGUUCCAUCAGUCGUGAAUCGCAUUGCGGUAUCCACAUCAAUGCAGGACCGGAAAUCGGUGUUGCUUCCACUAAAGCUUACACAUCGCAAUUUAUUUCACUCGUGAUGUUUGGAUUGAUUAUGUCCGAAGACAGAAUAUCGAUGCAACCCAGAAGAGCUGAGAUCAUCAGGGGAUUGGAGAAUAUAACAGAACAAAUUCGCGAAGUAUUGGCCGCCGACAGUAAAGUAAUGAAGUUGGCUGAAACCUUAUAUCAAAAGAAAUCGUUGUUAGUAAUGGGAAGAGGUUACAACUAUGCAACAUGUUUGGAAGGAGCGUUGAAAAUUAAAGAGCUUACAUACCUUCACAGUGAAGGUAUUUUAGCCGGUGAAUUAAAACAUGGACCAUUAGCUUUAAUCGACAAACAGAUGCCAAUAAUCAUGAUACUGACUAGAGAUCCAGUUUAUAAAAAAUGUAUCAAUGCUUUGCAACAAGUCACUGCUCGCGAAGGCCGUCCGAUCGUUAUAUGUGAAAAAGACGACGUGGAAACUAAAAGCUUGGCUUGGCAAACUAUUGACGUACCGCACACUGUUGAUUGUUUACAGGGAUUGCUGACUGUAAUACCGAUGCAACUGCUGUCUUAUCAUAUUGCGGUUAUGCGUGGCUGCAAUGUUGAUUGUCCAAGAAAUUUGGCCAAAUCCGUGACCGUCGAGUAA